UCCGGGAGAAAGGAAGGAGGCAGGCUACCCGAGGCCCAGCGUACAUGUUCAAUGAAAAGGGUACCAGCUUGACGCCAGAAGAAGAACGUUUUUUAGAUUCAGCAGAAUAUGGCAACAUCCCUGUGGUGCGGAAAAUGCUGGAGGAAUCCAAAACGUUGAACUUUAAUUGUGUCGAUUACAUGGGACAAAAUGCCCUGCAACUCGCAGUGGGCAACGAACAUCUGGAAGUAACAGAACUUCUUCUGAAGAAGGAUAAUCUGGCUCGUGUGGGGGAUGCACUCUUGUUAGCCAUCAGCAAAGGGUAUGUGCGCAUUGUGGAAGCCAUCUUGAGCCAUCCAGCCUUUGCACAAGGACAGCGCCUCACUCUCAGUCCUCUUGAGCAAGAGCUCCGAGACGAUGAUUUCUACGCUUAUGAUGAAGAUGGAACACGCUUCUCCCAUGACAUUACUCCUAUCAUACUUGCGGCCCAUUGCCAGGAAUAUGAAAUUGUUCACAUCUUGCUGCUGAAAGGGGCACGGAUAGAAAGGCCCCACGACUACUUCUGUAAGUGCAAUGAGUGCAUUGAGAAGCAGAGGAAGGAUUCCUUCAGUCAUUCCCGAUCAAGAAUGAAUGCCUACAAAGGAUUAGCAAGUGCCGCUUAUUUGUCUCUUUCUAGUGAAGACCCGGUUCUUACCGCUUUAGAGCUAAGCAACGAGCUCGCAAGGUUAGCCAACAUUGAGACAGAAUUUAAGAAUGAUUACAGGAAGUUAUCUAUGCAAUGCAAGGACUUUGUGGUGGGUGUGCUGGAUCUCUGCAGGGACACCGAAGAGGUGGAGGCAAUUCUGAAUGGAGAUGUGAACAUUCAAGCAUGGCCCGAGCAGCACCGCCCAAGUUUGAGCAGAAUCAAGUUGGCCAUUAAAUAUGAGGUCAAAAAGUUUGUUGCCCAUCCCAACUGUCAGCAGCAGUUGCUCACCAUGUGGUAUGAAAAUCUCUCAGGCUUACGUCAGCAGUCGAUUGCUGUGAAAUUCUUGGCUGUCUUUGGAGUCUCCGUAGGCCUUCCAUUCCUCGCUGUAGCAUAUUGGAUAGCUCCCUGCAGCAAGCUGGGACAGACACUCCGGAGCCCUUUCAUGAAGUUUGUGGCACAUGCCGUUUCUUUUACAAUUUUUCUUGGACUGUUAGUAGUGAAUGCCUCAGACCGAUUUGAAGGUGUAAAGCUUCUUCCCAAUGAAACUGCCAUGGAUCAUCCCAAACAAAUUUUUAGAGUAAAAACAACACAGUUCUCAUGGACCGAAAUGCUAAUAAUGAAAUGGGUCCUAGGUAUGAUAUGGUCUGAAUGCAAAGAAAUCUGGGAAGAAGGUCCCCGUGAAUAUGUCAUGCAUCUUUGGAAUCUGUUGGAUUUUGGGAUGCUCUCCAUCUUUGCGGCUUCUUUCACUGCCAGAUUCAUGGCUUUUCUAAAAGCAACUGAAGCACAACACUAUGUGGAUGAACAUGUUCAAGACGAUGACCUCAAUAACGUCACCCUUCCUCCUCAGUAUGCUUACUUUACAUAUGCCAGGAGCAAAUGGCUUCCCUCAGAUCCCCAGAUCAUAUCAGAAGGACUAUAUGCAAUAGCUGUGGUACUCAGCUUUUCCCGCAUUGCAUACAUUCUUCCAGCAAACGAAAGUUUUGGUCCUCUCCAGAUCUCUUUGGGAAGGACUGUGAAAGACAUCUUCAAAUUCAUGGUCAUUUUCAUCAUGGUGUUUCUUGCCUUCAUGAUUGGAAUGUUCAACCUUUAUUCUUACUACCUUGGUGCAAAAUAUAACCCAGCAUUUACAACGGUAGAAGAAAGUUUUAAAACGUUGUUCUGGUCCAUAUUUGGCUUGUCUGAGGUGAUAUCAGUGGUGCUGAAAUAUGAUCACAAGUUUAUUGAGAACAUUGGAUAUGUGCUCUAUGGGGUUUAUAAUGUCACCAUGGUGGUGGUUCUCCUCAACAUGUUGAUAGCCAUGAUCAAUAAUUCCUAUCAGGAAAUUGAGGAGGAUGCUGAUGUGGAGUGGAAGUUUGCACGGGCAAAGCUCUGGCUUUCAUAUUUUGAUGAGGGAAGGACUCUACCUGCCCCUUUCAAUCUAGUGCCAAGUCCUAAGUCGUUUUAUUAUCUCAUAAUGAGAAUUAAAAUGUGCCUCAUAAAACUCUGCAAAUCCAAGGCCAAAAACUGUGAAAAUGAUCUCGAGAUGGGCAUGCUGAAUUCCAAGCCACGGAAAGUUCGUUUCGAGUCAAGUACUCAGAAUUCAGACUUUACCAUGAAGAAUGCCUACAACAAGCCCACAAGAUACCAGGAGAACUUAAGGAGAUUAAGCAAGAUAUUUCAAGUCUGCGCUAUGAGCUUCUAGAAGAAAAGUCACAAGCAACUGGCGAGUUGGCAAACCUAAUACAGCAACUCAGUGACAAGUUUGGAAAGAACUUAAAUAAGGACAUUUGAUGGUGGACAAAUAAGAAACACUUUAUUAUUUCAACCAGCAUUCUAAAGGAGCAAAAGCUGUGCAAGAUGAGAGCAUUGGAAGCUCUGUUUUUGUUGAGUUCCAAUUGUUUUAGAGGCACUGUGCAUUAGCUUGGUUUAUUGGGUGAAGCCAAUGAUCAAGUAUUUCCUUUAUGAUAUAAAGGUGACUUUUUUUGUAUCGAAGCAGUCCUUUUGACAUCAGAAUUACAUGUAUAACCUUCAGAAGACAAGUUUGGUUGUUCUAGAAACCCAAAGCAACUUUUGAAAAUUGGGAAAAAAGCCAG